AUGUCGUAUACAAAACAAAUCAUAGGCUUCACAAGCGACGCCGGAGCCCUGGAAAAACUCCUCCGCUUCAUCCAAUUCUCCGCCCAAAUUCUCGCCUCGUACACCUCAGAGCGAGCAGCAUGGUUACUCCUCCGAAGCCAAUUGGCACUCGGUCGGCGCUACUUCCGCUGGUUCCGCUUCCUGGACUGCUUUUCCAAAGCAUAUGAAUCGUUCAAUAGCACGGAAGCUAGGGGGACGGGGUUUAUGGGCGCUUUGCUAGUUGGGAAGUGGGGGUUUAUGGGAGCUUAUUUAGGGCUGGAGAGUCUGGCUAUUUUGGAUGUGAUGGGUGUGUGGCCGGCCCACGAAUGGGGCCAAUUUUGUUUGUUGGAAGGGAGCCGCUUGUGGUUCUAUGCUCUGGUGUGUUCCAUUAUUUGGCAGCUUUGCGUGUUGUAUUUGCCCUCGAAGGCAGGGAACGCAUCUUCCACCGGUACGGAAGCAAAGUCUAAGGGUAGUCAUGGAAAGGCGAAUAGCAAGGAAAAGGAUUCAACUGCAAAGUUAAGAGCUGCAGAAUCCAGAAUGCGGACGCUCACCAAGAGGAGAUUGGCAGCAGAUGCUUUCGAUCUUUUUCUUCCAGGAGCAGUCACGGGGUGGAUUCCUGCCGCUCCUGAAACCGUUGGGUUUGCAGGGGUUGCGAGCACUACUUUGGGAUUGAUGGAGAUGUGGGAUAAAUUUUGA